GGAAGAUUCAACAACUUUCUUCUGAUCAAAUUUCCGAUACAGAGGAGAAAUCAGAAAUGUCAUUGUUAAUCAUCAAAAGAUCACGAAGCAGAUCCUUCCUUCUCUGGCAAACCCAUCGAACCAAAACCAGAACUAUUCUCUCUUCCUAUAACUCUCCGUCGGAUACAGAUUGCAGCGAUUCAGUCUCUUCUACUUCUGGGCUCUCCUCAGUUUUCACUAGAAGCUUCAAAACCACAUCUUUUGGUUCUCAAUCUGGAAAAAUCUCUUAUCUGAAUCAGAAAUUCGGUAAUCUUGCUUACUCUAAGAGCAGUUUCGUUUCCACGGCUAGACCAUUGAGCUCAGAGGCUGUAACCGUGGCUGCAACUUGCGACGCGCUUACAGUGGAACGAAUCAUAGCUAAUCAAUGGCCGAUCUUAGAUGAGAACGAGAGUGAUUGGAAAAGCCACGCUGCAGCAAUUGCACAGUCUAUUCAAGUCAUCAAGAGACGGUUGCAGUGGAAGAAACUUAUGGUGAAGCUGAAAGUAUUAUCUGCGGAGCUGAAUAAGCCUGAUCUAUGGGAUGAUCCAAAUCAUGCUGGUAAGAUAAGCCGAGAGCACGGCUCGCUGACGGGGAAAAUGAAAGGAGUUAUGACUUUUGAGAGAGAAUUGCUUGAACACAUUGACAUGUUGAAACUUGCUAAAGAGGAGAACGAUUCAGAGUUAGAAUCGGAAACUUUGAAGGCAUUGAUAGAUAUGAGAAGAGUUUCGAAAGAGAAAGAACUCGAGGCUUUAUUAUCUGCAGAGAACGAUCCUUGUUCGUGUUAUAUCGAGGUCCAAGCUGGAGCUGGAGGUACAGAGAGCAACGAUUGGGCAGAAAUGGUAAUGGAAAUGUACAAAACAUGGGCUCAACGACGUAAAUUCUCUGUCACUGUGGUUGAUGAAAUGCCUGGGGAGAUAGCAGGAAUCAAGCGUGCGACAAUCAAAGUGAACGGUGAAUACGCGUAUGGAUACGCCAAAGCAGAAGUUGGAGUUCACAGGCUGGUGCGUAUAUCCCCUUUUGACAGUGGAAAACGGAGACACACUUCGUUUGCAGCUGUUGCAGUGAUUCCAAUACUUGGUGACGGGUCGACCCGAGUGCAGAUCAAUGACUCGGAUCUCCGGAUAGAGCGGUUCCGAUCUGGUGGAGCCGGUGGACAGCAUGCUAACACGACAGACAGUGCUGUGAGAAUCAUUCACAUACCAACUGGAAUAACAGCAACUUGUCAGAAUGAAAGGUCGCAGCAUAUGAACAAGGCUUCAGCAAUGGCAGUAUUACAAUCACGAUUAGACCAACUAGAGAUGGCUCGUCAGACAGCAAUGAACGCGCAACAUACACAAUCACUUACCGAGAUCAGUUGGGGGAACCAAAUAAGAACUUAUGUUCUCCAUCCAUACAGAAUGGUGAAGGAUCUGAGAACAAACUACGAAGUCUCUGAUCCUGACUCGGUUCUUGAAGGAGACUUAGAUGGUUUCAUCUUGAGCUUCUUGUCUUCUUCUUUGGACAAAAGUGAUGAAGAACAUUAAGCUUUUUGAUUCUUGAGCUAUCUUUGCCUCUUCAGUAGUUAGUCUUAAGGGAGUUGUACUAUUAAACUCCGAAAGGAUUAUUGACGCAGGCUCAUUCCUUGUUUUCAAAAGGCAUUAAGUUAGUAAUCUUUAUAUUCCAAUAUUUUAUGUGUAAUAGAUACAAAAUUCCAUUAAAUAUCAGGGAACCAUUAAAUCCUCUAUAUAUUAAACUUGAAAAAAUUGGAUGUUACAUUUGCCGAGAUGUCAUCACCUAUUUCCGA